AUGAUGUUAAAUCCCAAGAAAUGUGCUUUCGGGGUCACUUCAGGAAAAUUUUUGGGCUACCUCGUCUCAAGGCGAGGCAUAGAAGCGAACCCGGAUAAGGUGAGAGCGAUCCAGGAAAUGUCUCCACUCCGAUGUGUCCGUGAUGUGCAGAGGCUCACAGGGCGGCUGGCAGCCCUGAAUUGGUUCCUAUCGCAAUCAGCCUCCAAGGCGUUGCCUUUUUUCAAGGUUCUGAAGAAGGCAGACAGCUUCUCUUGGACUAAAGAAUGUCAGCAGGCGUUUGAGCAGCUGAAAGAGUACCUUCACCGCCUCCCAACGCUCACCUCACCUCGUCCAGGGGAUAGGUUGUUCCUGUACCUAUCUGCCGCGGUUGAAGCCUUGAGCGCCGUACUGGUAAGGGAAGAAGGUGUACAAGUUCCAAUUUAUUAUGUCAGUCGAGUCCUCCGAGAUCCGGAGACCAGGUAUACACAAGCGGAGAAACUCGUGCUGGCCUUGAUCCACGCAGUCCGCAGGCUUAAACCCUACUUCUUAACUGAUCACAUUUGUCUUAGAACUGACCAGCCCCUCAAACAAGUGUUGUCGCGCCCGGAGGCUUCCGGACGUCUUACCAAAUGGGCCAUCGAACUGGGGGAGUAUGACUUCUCUUACGAGCCACGAACGACCAUCAAAGCUCAAACUCUCGCGGACUUCCUAGCGGAACUCACUUUUAAUGAGGUAAAUGAAUCCAUCUCGGUCACUGCUGAGCCUCAGCGGUGGACCCUUCAUGUGAAUGGCUCGUCUAACAGUGAGGCCGAAUAUGAGGCGGUCAUCGCCGGCUUGCAGCUAUCUCGUAAGCUCGGGGCCGCGCACAUCUUGGUCUACAGCGACUCACAACUUGUCGUAUGCCAAAUACUGGGCAAGUACGAGACUAGAGAAGAGGUCAUGCAUCGCUACCUCUCCAAGGUCCACCAGUUAGUGGCACAUUUCGAAUCUUUUGAAAUCCAAAGGAUACCGUGGUCGCAGAACAAGGGAGCUGACGCCCUCUCCCGGCUCACUUCCACCUCGUUCUCUGACUUGAACAAGACGAUUCUCGUGGAAGUCUUAGUCGAGUCGGAAUACUUAGAAGAGGUCGUAUGCCCCGUUUACCCCGGGGACACCUGGAUGGGUCCCUUGAUCCGAUUUCUCAGUCAGGGGGAGCUCCCCGAGGACCAGACUAAGUCGAGGAAGCUUCAACGUAAAGCAGCUCGGUACGGUCUCCGACAAAAUCUCCUAUACAAGAGGUCAUACCUCGGCCUAUGGUUGCGGUGUAUUACAUCAAGUGAAGGCGAAAGGAUCCUUCAAGAUAUACACGAGGGACUUUGUGGCGCUCACGUCGGCUACCAGAUGCUAGUCAAAAAAGCUUUGUUGCUUGGGUAUUUCUGGCCCACCAUGAGGGUAGAUGCCCAGACCAUGGUCCUUAGUUACCCUUCUUGCCAGCACCACGCCCCUGAGCACCACAGGCCGACCAACCUCAUGAUCCCCAUCACCUCGCCGUGGCCCUUCGAACAAUGGGGGACUAAUAUGAUCGGCCCAUUUCCUAGAGCUCUGGGCAGUUAUGCCUAUGUGGUGGUGGCGGUAGAUUACUUCACCAAAUGGGUGGCCAUCUCGGAUAACGGCGGGCAGUUUACUGAUAAUCCUUUCAAAGCGUGGUGCGAAAAUCUUGGGAUCAAACAGCAUUUCACCUCAGUGGGACACCCCCAGGCCAAUGGACAGGCCGAAAAUUUCAACCGCACUCUCCUUCAUGGCCUCAAAACCAGGUUACAUCGAGCUAGAUCAUCCUGGAUGGAAGAACUCCCCAGUGUGUUAUGGUCCUACCGGACCACCCCGAGAUCAGCAACCCAAGAGACCCCGUUCUCUCUAACUUAUGGGUCCGAAGCGGUCGUCCCAACCGAGUUCAUCACCCCCAACCCGCGGAUGGCAGCAUAUGCUGCCGAGGUUAAUGAAGAAGAACGGCGAGUUGACCUCGACCUCGCCGAAAAGAAGCGUGAAAUGGCAGCAGCCAAAGUCGCUCUUUAUAAGAAUAUCCUAACUGGCUAUUAUAAUGUUCGAGUCAGACACUUGCGGUUCAAUCCGAGAGACCUUGUGCUCCGAAAGAAUUCGGUCAGCCGAGCUGAACCUCAGGGUAAACUGAACCCCAAAUGGGAAGGACCGUACCGUGUGGUCGAAUCCAGCCAAAAUAGAUAUUGUAAACUGGCAAAUCGAGAUGGCUCUAGGGUGCCUCGAAUUUGGCAUGCUGAAAACCUCAAAUUGUAUUACCCUUGA